GCCAUAUAUCGGUGUCAAAUUAGUUUCCCAUCGUUUGCAACCCCGCACAACCAAUGCAAUUCCUUUCUUUCCCAACCGCACUCUCUUCCCACAAUUCCAUCUGUUACCCGCCAUUUCUGCGUUCCGGAGCACGCCUCAGCAAUCAAAUAAUUGGUAUAACUCCCAUAUCUCCCUUCACUGCUCAGCUAUCUCGCACUUUGUCCCUUAUCGACCAGUCAUCUUAUCCUUCAUCUUGCUACAAUGCUGUACACGAAACUGUGAAUACUGGUGAUGCGACUGAAAUGGAGUUUGUAGAGACUGGAUAUGUAUGCAGUGUUCAUGGCCUUCAAGGUGAGGUUAGGGUGAAGCCAGCCACAGAUUUUCCUGAAAUGCGAUUUUCCGAGCCAGGAAGGCGGUGGUUGAGACAACAAAUUUUAGGGAGGCAAAUAAUUCAAGAGUUUGAGUUGGUUGAGGGAAGGGGACAUCAUGGGCAGAAGAGUUGGAUAAUAAAAUUUUAUGGAAUCAACACAGUAGAACAGGCACAGAAACUGGUUGGUUCAACCAUACUUGUAGCUGAAAAUGAUAGACCAACCUUGCAGGAAGGUGAAGUUUAUACCCGCGACCUUGUUGGCAUGAGAGUUUUGCUUAAGGAAACCAGAGAGUUAGUCGGAACUGUUAUUAAUGUUUUCAACACUGGAGCAAAUGAUCUUCUUCAAGUUGAACUUGAUUCAUCUUUUCGUCUACAUGGUCAAUCCAUGAAGCUAAAGAGGCAAGCGGGUGCUUCUGGUACCCUUGUUUGGGUUCCAUUCGUCGAAGCAAUUGUUCCAGAUGUUGACUUGAGAAAAAAGGAAAUGUUGAUCACACCUCCAAUGGGUCUCCUAGAAUUAAAUAUCCGCUCUGAUGAUAGACCUAAGAAAGAAAGGCGCCAGCUUGAGUGGAAAGAAAGAAAGAAGUUUCAAAGACAGCUUAUUCAAGCCAAGAAGAAACUGCAAGAAAUGGAGCAACACCAUGUUUUUCAAGGGUUCAGAUAUGGAGUAAAAAGCCAAAAAAGCAGACUUGCGAACGAGAUAGUUUCUGUAAAUUCAAAAUUGAUUGGCUAUGCACUGAAUAAUAUGGUAGUUCCAUCGAGGAGGUGGAGCUUUUCAGACUUCGUAAGAACUUCAACAAAGCAUACUCUAAAAGUGUCAGAAGAAAUAUGUUAUAAUGGAAAAGGGGAGAAUUCUGAGAGGGGCCAACAUCUCAUAUCCUGUGGGAAAGCUGCUUUUGUUUUAUAUGCUACUCAAAUGGACUUGGAGAACACUAUGGAAGAAACAUAUCAGCAUCUAAAAAAAGCAUUGCUGCAUGAUGAUGUAAGAAUGGCAGGCGAUCGUUCAUCUGUGCCAUUGAUAUUGAUCUGUCCUACUCAUUCUCUUGAUUCUAUGAAAGAGCUUUUUAUGAAUCACGAUUUCUUCUCUUUCGACUCAGAGAAGGUCUGGUUCUUGGCAGAAGAAAUGCUUCCCGUUGUUAGUAGUUCACAAGAAGAAAACAAACACAAUAUCUUGAUGAAAUCGCCCUGGGAAAUUCUCCAACGACCAGUUGGAUCUGGAGGCAUUGUUGCCACAUUGUCAAUCCACAAUCUACUAGAGAAUCUACGUGAGAUGAACGUGGACUACAUUCAGAUUUGCUCUAUAAACAACAGAUGCAAAAACCAGCAAAUGCUCCUUGGGUUCACCGAUUUAUGCGAAGCAAACAUCGGGAUACAAUUCAAGGAUAUGAACAGCAACGAGGAUGAUUUGAACAUGGUAUUAUCCAUUGGUUUCAUGGAAAAGUUGACGAAACAGAUAGACAAACUUCACUUUCACGCGAUCCUAAAGCCAAAUCAGCAUUCCAAGUUGGUGGAGCAAGAGUGGGUCGAUGUUACCCCCUCCUCGCCUAAUUCCUAUGAGUUUCACUGCUCACUUCUCAGUUGCGUGAAUGCUUGUAGCCCCACCAAGGUCUGUCUCAUAGAGGUUGCAGCUUAAUAUAGACCACAACACGACAUACUUCGUCUUUGCUUGCUUGUAACAUAUAUCCUCCCAAAUGUUCUUCGUUUUGUAUCUUCUCUCUUUUCUUCUUCCUUUGUCCUCUAUGCAUAUGGUUAUCAC